GCGCCUGGAGGGGCAGAUUGGGCCCGCCGGGCGGAAAUGCGCCUCGGCCGGUUCCGGUGGCCGGGUCGGCGGCCAGGGUGGCGGCAUGGAGGAGGAGGUGCCUCACGACUGUCCGGGGGCUGACAGCGCCCAGGCGGGCCGAGGGGCCUCCUGUCAGGGAUGCCCCAACCAGCGGUUGUGUGCCUCUGGGGCUGGCGCCGCUCCGGACCCGGCCAUAGAGGAGAUCAAGGAGAAAAUGCAGACGGUGAAGCACAAGAUCCUGGUGUUGUCCGGAAAGGGCGGUGUUGGCAAGAGCACCUUCAGCGCCCACCUCGCCCACGGGCUGGCAGAGGAUGAGAACACGCAGGUCGCUCUCCUAGACAUUGACAUAUGUGGGCCGUCCAUCCCCAAGAUAAUGGGAUUGGAAGGAGAACAGGUUCACCAGAGUGGCUCGGGCUGGUCUCCGGUGUACGUGGACGACAACCUGGGGGUGAUGUCGGUGGGCUUCCUGCUGAGCAGUCCCGACGACGCCGUCAUCUGGAGAGGACCCAAGAAAAACGGCAUGAUCAAGCAGUUCCUCCGUGACGUGGACUGGGGCGAGCUGGACUACCUCAUCGUGGACACCCCACCCGGGACAUCGGACGAGCACCUCUCGGUCGUCCAGUACCUGGCCGCGGCACACAUCGAUGGGGCUGUGAUCAUCACCACCCCGCAGGAGGUGUCGCUCCAGGACGUGCGGAAGGAAAUUAACUUCUGCCGCAAGGUGAAGCUGCCCAUCGUCGGGGUGGUGGAGAACAUGAGCGGCUUCGUCUGCCCCAAGUGCAAGAAAGAGUCGCAGAUAUUCCCCCCGACGACAGGGGGCGCGGAGGCCAUGUGCCGGGACCUGGCCGUGCCCCUGCUCGGCCGCGUGCCUCUGGAUCCACUCAUAGGCAAGAGUUGUGACAAAGGCCAGUCUUUUUUUGCUGAAGCGCCGGACUCACCAGCCACAUUAGCCUACAGAAGUAUAAUUCAAAGAAUCCAAGAGUACUGUGGCCUCCGCCAGUCAGAAGACAAGAACCCCGCGAGUUCCUGAGACAGAAGAGCAGCGAGGGCCACAGCCGCCAGAGCGUCCAGCCCGACCUGACCAGCUCGGGGACAGGUGGGGCCGCAGGCAGAAAGGGACCAGAGCGUGGCGUGGUUUGACGCCACUCGGAUCGUCUGACACCUGAACACUUCCCUGUAGAACAUAGGCCACGGGCUUUCCUUACAGGUGUGCCAUUUGUGAAAUAAAAAUGCUUCCUGGACCCCCACUCCCGCCCCGCCCGGGGCUGCUUGACGCGCACAGCAGGCUGUGGGGACGCGGCUCCAGCCAUGCAGGAGCCCAUCAGGUGCACAACUUCUGUCCAAGCUGUUUCUGCCUCUGUGCGUGACCAGCACCAGCGGUGUGCACGUGUGGCCUCACGGCAGGGGACACGGCCACAUCACACGGAGGGAGCUGUCAUCACGGUGAGCCCCAUGCUGGACACACUGCGCAGCCAAGCACAGCAAGGCGGCAACUCCAGGCUCGCCGUCCCUGCUGCGUGCCCGACAGCUGGGUCUGACACGCAGGAACUGAGACCAGCUGAGGGAAGAGGACGUUGCUGUCUUCUGUCCCACUCGGGCGUAAACGUAGAAGGCUGGGCAAAUCCCUUAGGUCUCUUGCUCCCGUUCUGUCAUCCCCGCCCCGGUCCCGUGCACGCCUGCCUGUGUUGGUCAGAUUUGCACGUGGUCUGUGGGAGGAACCCCUCUCCAGGGCACGAGGGUGCAGCGCCCGGGGCAGCCCCGCCACCUCACGGCCCGGGGAAGCGCUUCCCGCAGGUUCCCCGGCCCGAGGCUGCCAGACAGCCUUGACCCCCUAACACUGGGGACUCUCGAGCUUCUGACGUCACCUGGGCGGGCCCGCGAGGCAGAGGUCAGCUACAGCCUCUAUCCUGAGAUUAAACCUGCAAAGGCAGGGUGAGCCUGCUCAGAUCUGAAAGGCAUCACCUUCUCACCUCCAGAAAUACCUGCUGAGUUCAAUAAACACAGAUUCUUCCCUCAA